CCUUCGUCCUCUGUCUCUGUCUCUGUCUCUAUUCUCAGCAAUGGCUGGGAAUUCAGUAAAGUGGCUGUUACUCUCUCUGACAUGCUGCCUAACCAUUAGCCUUCCUGACUCUAUGGCAACCACCUCGUCUCCAAUGAAAACAUAUGUCAUUCAAAUGGAAAACUCGGCACGACCAGAGUCCUUCACAGACCACCUCGAGUGGUACUCUUCCACUGUAAACUCAGUUGUUACUAGACCUGGAACAGAGGAAGAUACCGCAGUCGAGGAAGCUGUGGACAGGAUAAUCUAUACUUAUGGAAUCGCUUUCCAUGGCUUUGCAGCUCGGCUGAGCGAAGAUGAAGCUGAGAAACUCGAAGAGGGACAUGGAGUCGGUGUCGUGGCCUUGUACCCUGAAACUGUCUACCAACUACACACCACGAGGAGCCCAUUGUUUCUGGGGCUUGAACCAGAGAACAGUAUUAGUGUCUGGGCUGACAACCCCUUUGACCAUGAUGUCGUUAUCGGCGUUCUGGACACAGGAGUUUGGCCGGAGAGUCCGAGCUUCAACGACACAGGCAUGGCACCAGUCCCCAAGCAUUGGAAGGGAGCCUGCGAGACUGGUCGCGGCUUCGGCAAACGCAACUGCAACAAGAAAAUUGUGGGUGCCCGGAUCUUCUACCGUGGGUAUGAAGCCGCCUCGGGGAAGAUCAAUGAACAAGACGAGCACAAAUCGCCAAGGGAUCAAGAUGGCCAUGGCACUCACACGGCUGCCACGGUUGCUGGCUCCCCUGUGCGAGGUGCAAACCUUCUGGGCUACGCUGGUGGGACGGCAAGAGGAAUGGCCCUGAAGGCGAGAGUUGCAGCUUACAAAGUUUGUUGGGUUGGCGGAUGCUUUAGUUCUGAUAUCCUGUCUGCAAUCGAUCAGGCUAUAGCUGAUGGCGUUAACGUUCUGUCAAUCUCCCUCGGAGGUGGGGUCUCUUCCUACUACCGUGACAGCUUAUCGAUUGCUGCGUUUGGAGCCAUGGAGAUGGGAUUGUUUGUUUCGUGCUCAGCUGGAAAUGGAGGGCCUGACCCUUUCACCCUUACAAAUGUGUCCCCGUGGAUAACCACCGUCGGAGCUAGCACCAUGGACAGGGAUUUCCCGGCCACUGUGAAGCUUGGGAAUGGCAGAAUUCUGUCUGGCGUCUCACUUUACAAAGGCCAGAGGAACCUCUCGAUCAAUAAGCAAUACUCACUGGUUUAUGUGGGAAGCAACUCGAGCAGUCCUAAUCCGACUUCAUUGUGUUUGGAGGGGACUUUAGAUGCACAUAUUGUAGCCGGGAAGAUUGUGAUUUGUGACCGAGGCAUCAUCCCAAGAGUGCAGAAAGGUCAGGUGGUGAAGGAUGCAGGUGGCGUGGGCAUGAUCUUAGCAAACAUUGAUGUAAAUGGGGAGGAGUUAGUUGCAGACAGCCACCUUCUUCCAACAGUUGCAGUUAGAGAAAAGGUUGGGACAUCAAUCAAACACUACACACUCACUGAUCCACACCCCACUGCCACCCUAACUUUUCUUGGAACCAAGGUAGGAAUUAGGCCUUCCCCUGUGGUUGCGGCUUUCUCUUCAAGGGGACCCAACUUGCUCACACCAGAAAUUCUUAAGCCAGACCUGGUGGCUCCAGGAGUGAACAUUCUUGCAGCAUGGACUGGUAACGUAGGACCUUCAAGUUUGCCGGCGGAUCGACGGAAAGUGAAAUUUAACAUAUUAUCUGGAACUUCUAUGUCUUGCCCACAUGUUAGUGGAGUCGCAGCUCUGCUCAAAGCGAGACACCCAGAUUGGAGUCCAGCUGCAAUCAGAUCAGCUCUCAUGACCACUGCGUAUGUUCAUGAUAACACACGCAACCCCAUCAUAGACUCUUCUACUGGUACACCUUCGAACGCCUUCGACCAUGGAGCUGGCCACAUCAACCCCUCAAGAGCUCUCGACCCAGGCCUGGUGUACGACAUGGGUGUGCAGGAUUACUUCGAAUUCCUAUGCACCCAAAAGCUAACGCCCAUGCAACUCAAAGUCUUCACCAAGUCCUCCAACCGGUCCUGCCAACACAUUCUUGCAAAUCCAGGGGAUUUAAAUUACCCAGCCAUCUCUGCGGUACUGCCAGAUCAGCCUUCUAAUACUGUCCUGACUCUUCACAGGACUGUAACCAACGUUGGGACUCCCAUUUCAACCUACCAUGCUAAGGUUCCCAGGUUCACCGGUGCUUCUAUCACAGUGGAACCUAACAUCCUCAACUUCACAAGGAAAGACCAGAAAUUGUCUUUCAAGAUAACAUUCAACGCAAAAUCCAGUCAAUCAAAGCCAGAGUUCGGAGGUUUAAUGUGGACUGAUGGCGUUCACAAAGUUAGAAGCCCAAUUGUAAUCACUUGGCUGGCAAAAGUAUAAAUCACUUCACAAAUAGUUUGCAGCGUAAAGUUUUUCCACAAUAAA